AUGGCUUUAGCAUUUUCUAUCCCGAUUCUUUAUUACAAUUGUGAUUGGAGUAAUGCACCACAUUUCAAACAAUUUCAUUUCUUUCUUAUGGUUUUUCACAUUGCUUUGCCUAUUCUCAUUUAUCUUAUCGCAACUGUUUUGUGUUUGAUCGGCUUUGCACGGCGAAUUCGUGGAUAUGGCCUCGAAAAUCGUUCUUAUUUUAGAACAUUUAUGAAAUUAUUCUAUAGACAUUUGUUUAUUUUUGUUCCACUGAUUGUCUAUACAAUUUGUUAUGGAUCAUAUAAUUUAGUUGCUGCUGUUGCUAAGCCAGAAAAUGGAUAUUUUCAUUGUAAAAUCUCAUUAGCAGAAUAUAUUGUAAAAGUUUUAUUACGAUCGUGUGUUGGUCUUCCUUUUACGAUAACUUGGUUACUUUUUGUAUAUCCAUCCAGAGUUUAUAUGGUUGAAUUUUAUAUGAAUACAUGGUCAGGACAAUGGACAGCAUUUAUUGUACUUCGUUUUCGACGAUUUUGGUCAAAUAGAAAUGAUUGA